AGAGACAGCGCAGCCCUUCCGGAGGAGGAGACGACGGCCUCACCCAGCGCCCGACACCGAGGACACCCGCACCAUGAUCCAGAGGCAGCUCAACCGGAUGCGGCAGCAACUGGCCCCCCACGGCCCCGGCAGAUCACAAGAUGUCACCGAUCUCCUGACUGAGGAUCUACUGCCUGCGGAUCAGCAGGUGGACAUUAUGAAGCGAACAGCUCAUCUUGUUGGAAAGCGUCUGGCAAAUUGUAUGCAAAGUCCAGCAAGCUCAGACAUGGAGAAGAAACUGAAGAAACUCGCCCUGAUGUCUCUGUCUUUAGCUAUGGCCGACUGUAUGAAGGAAAUAGACAGCGAGUCAAGUCUUAGGAGGACGCUGGAGAUGGGCUGCUGUGUGGAGGGUUCUCUGGCCCAGGCUCUGGCCGAGUAUGAAAUGAACAUGGAAAGAGAUGUGCUGCAGCCACUGAGCAAGUUAAGUGAGGAAGAACUGCCCACAAUUGUAAAACACAGGAAACAGCUACAAAAACUCCUGACGGACUGGAACAAUGCAAGAACAAGGUUGCUUCAAGUCCAGAAGACUAUGUCCAACAACCCUGGAGGCAGUAGCGUAGUUACUGCUCCCAAGCUGGAGAGUCUGAAAGAGGAAGAAGAGGAGCUGAAGAGGAGACUGGACCAGAGCAAGGAUGAUUAUUUAUCUGAUCUUUAUCAGUUCGUCUCCAAGGAGCCGGAGUAUGAAAGCUACUUUGUUCGGCUCCUGGAACUGCAGGCGGAGUAUCACAGAAAGUCCCUGGCUCACCUGACAGAGGCGAUUGGAGAGCUGAGCGACACCUGGAAAGAGAGUGGUCAAGUGCUGGUGAAACAGCCGUCUGCAGAUGUGUAUGGAGUCUCUCUGACAACACACCUUUCCCGGUUUCACUGUGAGAUUGCUGUGCCCAUAUCUGCCUGUGUUAAACUACUGCUCAUGUAUGGAAUGCAUGAAGAGGGUCUCUUCCGAUUGGCUGCAGGAGCGUCUGUCCUAAAGAAGCUGAAGGCUCGUCUUGAUGCAGGUGCCAGCGAUCUGGGUGAAUUCAGUUCUGAACCUCAUGCAGUUGCAGGAGCAUUAAAGUCAUAUCUGCGUGAGCUUCCCGAGCCGCUGAUGACAUCAGAACUCUUCAGUGACUGGAUGAAAGCUGCCAGCAUCAAAGAGGCAGAAAAACGUCAAGAGAGUUAUAGGGAGGUUCUCCAGAAACUUCCCGAUGAAAACUACACCAACCUCAGAUAUUUAAUGAAGUUUCUGGUAAAGUUGGCUGAACAGCAUGAGGUGAACAAGAUGACACCAAGCAACAUUGCCAUUGUGCUGGGUCCCAACCUAUUAUGGGCUCACACUGAGGGGAGCCUAUCCAUAGUCGACAUGGCUUCUGCUUCUCCUAUCCUGGUUGUGAACGUGGUUGAAGGAUUGAUAAGUUGUACCGAUGAUGUUUUUCCUGGAGUUGUAGAUUUUGGGGUUCCAGAAUAUGCUGUGAAUGCACCAGCAUCUCCAGGACUGAGCGAGGUGACACCUAGAACUGAACAUGUCCCCACAGCAAGCUCCCCACUUCCAGCUGUAUCAGGCAGAGAUGCUGAAGUUCCAAGUGUUCCUCCAGAAGCUACUACCAAAAAGGUUCCUGUGAAGGGAUCGCCUCUGAUUGAGGUGGGCAGUAAUACAUGGAAUCAACCAGAGCUCAGUCCAACCACAGCUCGUAGAGCGAAACGUCUGGCUCCUCAGCGCCCCAGUGUCCCUCCGCCUAUGCAGCCUCGAGGAUCUGCCAAUAAUGAAACCUCUGAUGAACUCCAGAGCCCCCGACCCAUUCCUAGGAGGAAUUUGGGUGGCAGCCUUAAAGUACCUAACAUGCCUCCACCUAAUCCUCCCCAACUAGCCAGGCAUCCUGAUGGAAAGUCAGAUGGAGGGGAUACUGAUCCCUCAAUGAGAAAUGCUCCACAACCUCUGCCCCGGAACCGCAUUCAGUCUACAGACAACUAAAGGCGGGGAUGUUCUCCUCCUAAAACUUGUAUUUUACCCUGGUGGGGCCACAAGGAGUGUUAGGGACUCAUGGUGGAAAUACGAGGAACUGAAACAUGAUAAGGAAUGGAAUAUCUGAUCCAGUGCAGGUCCCCGUACCAGAUGUGAUUUCUAGAGACUGGUUUCCUUUCUAUAAUACAUAGGACUGGCUCCUAUGGUCAAUAAAGAGUUAAUUGAUCCUAA